AUGAACAAGCAACUGGCCGAACUCCAAGAACUGGUCGCAAACACUACAAAUCCUAUUCUCAAUGAAUCAAGCCGAACCAAGCAGCACAUUGAGCAGAACACUGAUGGGAACUUACAGCAGGCUGCCUUGGAGAGAAAUCAAGAUCAGCUAUCCACCAAAGAGCAGCCAAGUCUGCAGUCUUCAACCACCAGUGCACUCUGCCUGGUAGCUGAGAUCUUCCAUCUCAAGUCAACCACAGUUGAAUCACUCAAGACUUGCAACCUGGGCGACAUCGAGGUCACUCCUAAGCAGAUUUUGGAUCUUUUUAACUUGUAA